CCUUAUUAUUGUUUGUUUUACAACUAUAUGUUGCCAGAUUCAUUAAGUUAAUUUGUUUUGUUACAGUUACUCAGGAUUACAAUGUCAGUUCAUUUCAUUUGGUUGAGAUGUUAGUGAUUAAAAUAAACGCAGGUCUGAAUGACAGGGAUUUUAAUAUCAAAGCCAUCUCCUUAAAGGGGAAUAAGUUAAACAAACUGAGCAUUAUAAUUCAUGUAUGAGGUGAGCAAGUUAUAGUGUUACAAUAUGUAUUUAAAGGAACAGUGACCCGUGCCUUAGCAAUGUUAAUAUUCUGACUUAAAAUAGUUGAAUUAUUAAUAUUUUGUUUUGUAAUACUUUAAAAUUUCGCCUAAUGAGUUUUAAAUGUAAUUAAAAGCAGGGAAACAUUGGAAGUCUGCAGUCUCAAUGUUUAUGUGAAAACACGCCCACUACUUUAGGGAGAAUCAAGGUCAUUCACAAAUUCACCAUCAGCUGUGGCCAAUUGUCUACGCCAGCCAAUGGCUGAAGAGAUAAGGUGACCCCCCCAACAGCCGCAGCUGUGAUUACCAAAACCUGAGGAGCAGGGCCAGUAGUGGCAUUUGAGCUUGAAGGUGAGGUAAGUGGCUGUAGUGUUAAAAACAACUUGGUGGAGUAAGCCGUAGGGGUACUGGUGGUUAUGUAGCACCAACACGGCAACUGCCCAGACCUACAUUUUCCGGACAAUAUCUCCUGAAACGGACUUUUCGCAGACGGGUUUUUUCCUGGAGUCCCUUUCCUACCUCAUCCUUCUUUGGUGUGUGCGUAAGCGUGAAGCCGAUGGUUUAGAAUCAGUCGCCGCUGACUUAUUUUAAGUUUGAAUUUUGGACGCUCGCUUUUAUAUAUUUUUCACGCUGUUUGGAAGAUGUCUGACAGAUCGCAGAGUCCAGAAAGCCAAAUCCGUCCGUAUGACUUCAGCCGGGCCAGCCAUUGCGGGCAGCUGUUGGGUGCUGAUAGUUUGAGCAGCGGUGGUCCAUUCCAGCUUCCCCACGGUGUCCUGACAGACCCGAGUCUCCUCUACAAUAAAUCCGCCUACAGUGGCAUCACAUCGGCAUCUGCGCAGACCUUUUUCCCUUUCCCAACCGUCAGUGGGGACUACAGGGGUUCUGACCUGCAGGCUGGAGAAUUUGGGCAAACCAAGCACUGGUAUCCCUUCGCUGCGCCCGAGUACACCGGCCAGGUACCCGGGGCAACCACGGCGACCCAGCCUUUAAACCUGAGUCCCCCCAUAGCCGAGACACGGGAGCUAAUUAAACUUCCCGCAAUAAAGACUGAGAAGGACAGCGGUGACGAUUACUCCACGGAGGUUAAGAUUCAGCAGUACCCAACGGCAGCCUCUGCUGCCAUGUCCCAUGGAGUGUUCUACUCUCCGGCCUGGAACCCCUCCUUCUGGCCCGGGAUCAACCACAUCACACCGCCCGGCAGCAAUAACCAAAAUCCUUCAACAUCCUCGGCAUCUUCACCCUCCAUGUCCCCGUCACCCCCAAGCAACGGGCUUCCGGAAAACGCAUUUUUCAGCGUGAACACAACCCAGGCUGCCCCUGGGCCGCAGACGCAGAACCCGGCCUCCUCAACGAGAAGCAGCGGGUCCUCAAGCGGUGGAUGCAGCGACUCUGAGGAGGAGAAUCUUUCAACAGAAGAACUAGAGCAGUUUGCCAAGGAGCUGAAACACAAGCGCAUAACUUUGGGUUUUACCCAAGCUGAUGUUGGCCUUGCCCUGGGUAACCUUUAUGGUAAGAUGUUCAGCCAGACCACCAUUUGCCGUUUUGAGGCUCUGCAGCUGAGCUUCAAGAACAUGUGCAAGCUGAAGCCCCUUCUUCAGAGGUGGCUGAAUGAGGCAGAGACCUCGGACAAUCCCCAGGAUAUGUACAAGAUUGAGCGAGUAUUUGUUGACACCAGGAAGAGGAAGAGGAGGACCAGUCUGGAAGGAGCAGUGCGCUCUGCUCUUGAGACUUACUUCGUCAAGUGUCCCAAGCCCAACACCCAGGAGAUCACACACAUAUCAGACGACCUGGGUUUGGAGAGAGACGUCGUACGCGUGUGGUUCUGCAACCGAAGACAGAAAGGAAAGCGCCUGGUUGUGCCACUAGAUGAAGAGUGUGAUGGCCAGUACUACGAGCAGAGUCCUUCCCCACUGAGCAUGGCCCACUCCCCCAUUCCCAGCCAAGGCUACCCUGUUUCCAGCUACCAGCUAGGAGGUGGCCCUCCUCCCACACUUUACAUGCCCCAGCUACACCGGCCCGACCUCUUGAAACAAGGCCUGCAUCACGGACUGGUUAGUCAUCUGACUGGAUAAACGUGUUCAUGUAGUCCCAGACAUAACCACAGAUUGCCCACCCAAGCCUCUCUGCAAGAAGAAGUCUCUAAACCAGUAACCAAAUCAACCAAACGUGUUGGCAGAUUUUGGGAUAAAAACACUCCUGGUUUGAAGGCUCUUCCAAGUAUAUCCAUAUUACUGUUUUUAAUGGCAGACAUGAUGAACUGCUACAAUCAACAACCUUAGUACCUGCAACUGCUUUGACUUAAAACUAAGACAUUUUAACUGAAUGUGCCUUUUGAUUGUUUUGGUGUUGGAUAAUACAUUGUAAGUUAUUCCAUAGGCUUUAGUCUUCGCCUCUUAAGAAUAAUGCCAAAGAUCUGAUGCUAAACACGACACUUUAUAAGUCCUGGGUGGUUUUCUGUGGUGCAGAUGAUUUUAGAUCUGGGUUAUCAAAGGGAUCACAGCAUGUGGGAUUUAGACCGAAAAUAUAGUAGUCUUUCUGGUCAAUAUUUGUGCAAUACUUCUUAGAGCAGCCGCAGUAUUUUUGUCUGAACUGUCUGUCAUUGAAAUGGAAUUUUCCAUCAUUUUUGCACAAAGUUGCCUUUGUAAUGUUGUAUAAUAUAUCCCUUAAAAAAAACAUAUUUCCCCUUUUUGUAUACCACUAGAUUCUUGCCUUAAGGCUGAGACUCAAAGCAAUGUUUUGAAGGAACUUCAUAAAUGACUUGUUCUCAAGUUUCUUAGCUGCUUAUCUGCCAAUUGCACAAUUUCAAUAUUUUCGCGUCUCAGGUGAAGUUAAGUCUUGGCUGAUUUGGCUUUUAAAUUGUAUUUCAAUACCUCAACUUUUUAAAGUAUUUUUUUUAAUUAUUGUCAAGUGUUUUUUUUAUAUUGAUGAAAUGAUGAGUUAGAUUUAUACCAAAAGUAAAGUUUGGAUGCUGGUUGGAAUUGUCUGGUAUUGUUUUAAGAAGGUUUUUACUCAAAAGACUGUAAUACAUGAAGACAUUAAAUGUCAUUUAGUCUCUCCUUGACUGUACCUGACAUGACUAAUGUUUGUGAAUUUAACAGUAAGACUACCUUUUUAAGAGUUUGUUGAACCAGUCAUUUCAAACCAGAGUUAUCGCAGUGUGGCUAGCUGACACAUUUUCUACACUCUUACCAGGAUUUUAUUGUGAAAUUUCCUUAACAGAUUGUAAAUGGAUUAAAAUAUAAUUUAUUGAUUUGUUA